UUGGGGCCGGCGGAGUGGCCAAAGCGACCACAGUGGCUACUCCAGCACCACCCUGCUUGCCUGCCCACGGCGCGGUCGCGGGUCCCCGAGAACCCAAAGAAUCCGGUGUCCUUAACAUCGCUGCCUCCCCGGCGGGGAAAGUGUCCUGGUCUAGGGCGGCUCGGGCUGUCGGGGCCGCUGCGCUGGCUUUGUUUUCUGCGCCCCCCUCGCAAGCACUCUAGGCGGACGUGGGUCUGGGGCUCCCGGCAGUGGCCCGGGAGCUGGCCCGAGACUGCUGGCACCCUGCAACACUGGGAAUACGAGAGAAGCCGGUAGCUAACUCUAAAAGCCCUGCAAAGCCGGGCAAGUGCUGGCAGCGCGACUUUGCAAGAUGCCCAAAUGUUGAGCUGAUUUCUGGCGUGAUUGUUUCUCUUUAUUCAGAAGCAUAAAGUUGUUUGCUGAUUGCCAGAAGAUGUUUCUUUGGCUCUUUCUGAUUUUGUCAGCCCUGAUUUCUUCGACAAACGCAGAUUCUGACAUAUCGGUGGAAAUUUGCAAUGUGUGCUCCUGCGUGUCAGUCGAGAACGUGCUCUAUGUCAACUGUGAGAAGGUUUCAGUCUACAGACCAAAUCAGCUGAAACCACCCUGGUCUAAUUUUUAUCACCUCAACUUCCAAAACAAUUUUUUAAAUAUCCUCUAUCCGAAUACAUUCUUGAAUUUUUCACACGCAGUAUCCCUGCAGCUGGGAAAUAAUAAACUGCAGAACAUUGAGGGAGGAGCCUUUCUUGGGCUCAGUGCAUUAAAGCAGUUGCACUUGAACAACAAUGAAUUAAAGAUUCUCCGAGCUGACACUUUCCUUGGCAUAGAGAACUUGGAGUAUCUCCAGGCUGACUACAAUUUAAUCAAGUAUAUUGAACGAGGAGCCUUCAAUAAACUCCACAAACUGAAAGUUCUCAUUCUUAAUGACAAUCUGAUUUCAUUCCUUCCUGAUAAUAUUUUCCGAUUCGCAUCUUUGACCCACCUGGAUAUACGAGGGAACAGGAUCCAGAAGCUCCCCUAUAUCGGGGUUCUGGAACACAUAGGCCGCGUUGUCGAACUGCAACUAGAAGACAAUCCUUGGAACUGCAGCUGUGAUUUGUUGCCUUUAAAAGCCUGGUUGGAGAACAUGCCAUAUAACAUUUACAUAGGAGAAGCUAUCUGCGAAACGCCCAGUGACUUAUAUGGAAGGCUUUUAAAAGAAACCAACAAACAAGAACUAUGCCCCAUGGGCACGGGCAGUGAUUUUGAUGUACGAAUCCUGCCUCCGUCUCAGCUGGAGAAUGGCUUCACCACUCCCAAUGGCCACACUACCCAAACGUCCUUACACAGAUUAGUGACCAAACCGCCGAAAACGACAAACCCUUCCAAGAUCUCUGGCAUCGUGGCAGGCAAAUCCCUCUCCAACCGCAAUCUCAGUCAGAUCGUGUCUUACCAAACGAGGGUGCCUCCUCUUACGCCUUGCCCAGCACCUUGCUUUUGCAAAACCCACCCUUCGGACUUGGGACUGAGCGUCAACUGCCAAGAGAAAAAUAUACAGUCCAUGUCUGAACUGGUCCCGAAACCUUUAAAUGCCAAGAAGUUGCACGUCAACGGCAAUAGCAUCAGAGACGUGGACGUCUCAGACUUCGCCGAGUUUGAAGGACUGGAUUUGCUCCAUUUAGGCAGCAAUCAGAUUACGGUGAUCAAGGGCGACGUAUUCCACAAUCUCACUAAUUUACGCAGGCUGUAUCUCAACGGCAAUCAGAUUGAGAGACUCUACCCCGAAAUAUUUUCGGGCCUUCGUAACCUGCAGUAUCUGUAUUUGGAAUACAAUCUGAUUAAGGAGAUCUUAGCAGGCACCUUCGACUCCAUGCCCAAUUUGCAAUUGCUGUAUUUAAACAACAAUCUCUUAAAGAGCCUGCCUGUUUACAUUUUUUCUGGAGCGCCCCUGGCUAGACUGAACCUGCGGAACAACAAGUUCAUGUACUUGCCCGUCAGCGGGGUCCUCGAUCAGCUGCAGUCUCUGACGCAGAUUGACUUGGAGGGCAACCCUUGGGACUGCACUUGUGACUUGGUGGCAUUAAAGCUGUGGCUGGAGAAGCUGAAUGACGGCAUCGUGGUGAAGGAACUGAAGUGUGAGACACCCGUCCAGUUUGCCAACAUUGAACUGAAGUCCCUCAAAAAUGAAAUCUUAUGUCCCAAACUCUUAAACAAGCCAUCCGCGCCGUUCACGAGCCCCGCACCUGCCAUUACGUUCACCACCCCACUGGGUCCCAUUCGAAGUCCUCCCGGUGGCCCAGUGCCUCUGUCUAUUUUAAUCUUGAGCAUCUUGGUGGUCCUCAUUUUAACAGUGUUUGUUGCUUUUUGCCUUCUUGUUUUUGUGCUGCGACGAAACAAGAAGCCCACCGUGAAGCACGAAGGCCUGGGGAACCCGGAGUGUGGCUCCAUGCAGCUGCAGCUCAGGAAACACGAUCACAAGAGCAACAAGAAAGACGGACUGAGCACAGAAGCUUUCAUUCCACAAACCAUAGAACAGAUGAGCAAGAGCCACACCUGUGGUUUGAAAGAGUCCGAAACCGGGUUCAUGUUCUCGGACCCGCCGGGACAGAAAGUCACUAUGAGGAAUGUGGCCGACAAGGAGAAAGAUUUGUUACAUGCAGACAGUAGGAAGAGACUGAGCACCAUCGACGAGCUGGAUGAAUUAUUCCCGAGCAGGGAUUCCAAUGUGUUUAUCCAGAAUUUUCUUGAAAGCAAAAAGGAGUACAACAGCAUAGGUGUCAGCGGCUUCGAGAUCCGCUAUCCGGAAAAACAACAAGACAAAAAAAACAAGAAGUCGCUGAUAGGCGGCAACCACAGUAAAAUUGUCGUGGAACAAAGGAAGACCAGCGAGUAUUUUGAACUGAAGGCAAAACUCCAGAGUUCCCCCGACUACCUACAGGUCCUUGAGGAGCAGACAGCUUUGAACAAGAUCUAGGUCAUGCAGUCUUACUUCAUACAGAGGACAUUUAUUUAAUGAUGAAAGUGCCUUUUGUUGACUCCUGACUUCCAAAUACUAUAUUAUCAAUAGGCAUAGAGGCAGGUGUUUCCAAGGGUGUCUCAUUAACUGUAGCUGCAAAAGAUGUGUCCGGUAGAAGAGAAUUUCCUUAAUAGAUUUUACUACAUAAAACCUAUACUGUGGAGUCCUGUGGGGAUACUGCAAACUCUAUUGCCAAAGGGAUGCUUUAUAUACAUAAAACACUGAAUUUAACCUCAAGAGGCAAAUCUGUUUUGUACCCCAAUGCAAAACCUUCGUCUCUUUGUGCUUUGUAGAGCAGACUCAAGAAAACUGGUACCAGUGUUUGUACCUCAGCUGGGUCUUUCAUUUUGCACGUAGAUUAAGUCGGUGGAACUGGAAUAAUCCUUUCGAUUCGUGGCAUUGUAACAAUUCUGCGUAAAGAUGAUCUGAAAAGUAAAAACACAAAAAAACCAAAAAAACAAAAAAACAACAAAAAAAGACAAAAACAAAACAAAACAAAACAAAACAAACAAAAAAAAAAGCAUGCAAAGAGAGAACAUUCGAUAGUAUUUGUAAAAUUGGUAAACUUUAUGGCCUGCAUCUUGAAACCGCUGGAUUUAUAAUGUUAAAUUGUGCAAAUAUUUGUUUAAAAUAUACCAUGCAUUACAUAACUAUAAAAUAAAUUUGAACACUUUAAGCAUUACCUGUCUAUACAUAAAACCUAAAAGAAAAAAAAAUCAACGUGAGUUCCGUAGCGUUUGUGGUGAUCUGAAGAAAUACAUGAUGUUUAUGAGAAUUAAACAAGGCUCAAAUUAAACUAACAUUAGAGUUUGUUCUCGGUUCUGUGAAAUACCCACAAUCCUUAAAGUGCUUACCGUGUGAGCGCACCCAAAGCUAUUUUUGUAACAUAAUUCAUAUUUAUGAAGUACUUUGUAUACUAAAUAGGAAAAUAUGUACUCCUUAAUAUGUAUUUAAUAUGCCUGACUUGUUUUCCUGAUCACAGGGAAUUUAUCAGUAAGUAUAAAUCUAGACAGAAAAAAAUAUACCAAACUGAAACCGAAGCUUAUGUGUACAGAAAUAUUCUGGACAUUGUGAUCAGGUAUCAUUUAGAAACGAAACAAAAAACACAAAGACACAAAAAGACAAAAAAAUAAAACUAAAAACCAGUUCUGUGCUAUUCUUGAGAAUUCAGCAUAUUAUCUGCAGAUUUGUUACCAACUGUGCAUUUUAAAAUAGGUUCCUUAGUUUUAUAGUAUCGUGUCUGGGGCAGUUGUUAGUUGCCAUCAGUUGUCUUGCUUUUCAGGAUUCUACGAGCUUACAUCAAAUAGUUUUCACUACAAAUAUCGACAGAAUUAAUGAGUAAGGUUAAUCGCGAUAUCCUGUCCGCAUCAGUAUCCUGUCCUGUCAUCGUUCGACUACGAUCAGAUAAUCCAGUAGAGCCGUGAACAUCACGGUAGUGUCGGCUAUCAGAGCCACACUGGAAAAUGCUUUCCUUGGUCUCCGAUGGGUUCACAGUCUGCAACUACAAACGAUAUGCCACUGUGUUUGCUUGUGCAAACUUGCGUUAACUUGCCUGUUAACUUCGAAGUCAAAAUUGGUCAAAGGAAUGGAGGAGGACUUGGUAAUGGGAGACAUCUGAACAUUUGUAGGAGCUCCCAAUUAGCAAAGUGACAUCCCGAAAUGCAUUACCUUCUUGGCCUGCCUGCAUAUGUAUAAUUACUGUGUUAAUCAGUAAGAUGACCAAGAAGGUAAACAUAGACAUUCUUCUUCGCGAACUUCAAGUGGCAGAUGUUUCGGUGCAGCUUCCAAAAUGAUACUGUGGUUAAAGUUGUAACAGUAGUCCCUUUAUUAAGUACUAAUUUCAGGGCUUUAUAUGUUUGUUCCGAGAUAAAACAAACAAACAACUUGGCAUUCUUAGACGGUGUGUGUGUGCGCGCGCGUGUGUGUAUUUGAGUGUAUGUGCGUACAUAUAGAUAAUUUGGAGAUUUUUUUUUUAAAUAGCAAAAAAAUCGUCUCCAUAUGUAUGUGCUGGUGCUCUUAAAACUUUAAUGUGUAAUUUUAAUUUUCAUGACGAUGUCUGUGAAAACUUUAUAUGAAUAUUAAAAAAAUACAAACAAAUACUUGCUUUCUGAUCUUGAAAGAAAAGACACGAAGAUGUGUGCCCAACAGCGUGUUUUCAUCUAGUUUCGUAAGGACUUUUAAUAUGCCAUUACCAUGCUUGCAGGCAUCCUUGGAUUAAAGGGCUCCUAAUGCAUACUGACAGGAUAAAGAUGCAAAAGCUUCAAAGAAAGUGUUUUAGUUUAUCCUGUCAAUAAAGUAUGGAUUGAGGAAUCUUAAGUAGACACUUACAGGAGGAACCGGAAGCUCAAUCCAUGAUCUGGGGAUAAUAGGUCAUUGGGACGAUGCCUUUUAUUCAGUGUGGCGAGGCUUUGAAGAUGUUUCAAGGUUUCCGCAAUUGUCAAUGGCGAGAGGACCUGCCGCCAUCUUAAAGCUUGCUGUAGCAUAUUGGCUAUCUCAAACUCUUCCGCUGAGAGGUAUAAAUGUUCCACUUUCUUUCAAGAGUAAUUUAAACGUGUGUGAUUAUUUGGAGGUUUUAAUUGUAAGUGAAUGACAGUAACAAAUCCUUGGUUAAGGCUGAUCUAUUUUCCUUAACUGAAGUCAUUGUGCCUACAUUAUACAGUGUAUACUAUUUUGCACCUGCCUCUCAUUAGUUCUACUUGUACAUUUUAUGAUAAUGUAGUUAGGCAUAAGUUUUGAGUUGAGUACAAGAGCAGUUAAAAUACCGUAUCUACAUUUUGUUGGCUUCAACUAUAACCUUGAUGUUAGUUUAACCCCUUGAGGAGUGAUAUACACGUCAGUACAGCAUCUUUAGUAGAAUUCGAUUCUGAUCUAGAAAAUCCAAGAAGUGCUCACUUCUAAUGUGGUCUGACACAUCAUGGGCUUCUUGGCAUCGUAUCAUGUGCUCGGACUCUGUUAGAACGGUUGCAGAGAAGAUUAGAUCCUGUGAAAUUAGUGGAGGGGUUGAGAUAAUAUAUUAUGUCUGUGUAAUAUAAAUCAAGUUUUAAAUUAUUUUUUUAUGAAAUCAAUAAAGAUGAUUCAAUUCUUGAAAAGUAAAUCUUUGUGUAAUUUUAUGAGAAAGCAGCUAUUAAAAUACAGUGAUUCAAGUCUAUAAGGCGAUUUAUAUUCUAUAUUUAGUUUUCCAUUCUGAAUAAAUAUAUUAAUUAGAAGAUCAUUUAAGACCGGCUUUCUUUUGUUGCUUUUUAAAAAUGUUUCAUUUCUUUAAGCCAUAAGGAUGCAUAAAUUACACAGGGCAUGGCCUCAUGAGUAACGUCAGUGGGUACUGCAGAAAUAACAGAACACAUCUAGAAAUGUAUGGCAGUAAUAUUAAUCUAUGAUAUCUUUUGCAUGAUUUGUACUUUGACAUUGUAUGAAAUGAGCACAGUGAGUUUUUGUUUUUGUUUUUUUGUUUGUUUUUUUUUUUUUUUUUUUUUGUUAUUGUUGUCGCAUCCAAAGAGCUGGGGAGAAAAUAUAUCAAGAAUGUAUUUAUAAUCACUAUUUUGAAAUAAAGUAAAGAAAACACAUUGUAUUGUUUUUACCCUGAUUUGGUUAGUAGUAUUUUAGGUUAGUUUAUAAGAUGAAAAUCAAGCAGUUCUAUAAAAGCUAAUGUAAAUCACAGAAACUGUUUUAAUGACUUUUGCUUGCUUUUAAUAGCAUCAAGGUAUUAGACAGAAUUUAUUAAAUGCCAUUUUUAUGGAAGUAUUAAUAAAAUUGUUUGCUAGAAUGGUA